AUGGACUUGACAUCGGACAGCAAGUCCAGUUCCGAGGGGCAGACGACGAUAUGGCCUGAAAGAGAGUUGCCGGAGCUUCUCAGAGACUUGUCACAAGAAGAAUUGAAGAGUCUUGAGAAGAAGUUGAUCAGGAAGGUUGACUUGCGGAUGCUGCCUACAAUGAUUCUGAUCUAUAUCAUGAAUUACCUCGACAGAAAUGCCAUCGGCUCGGCAAGGCUGGGCGGUUUGGAAAAAGACUUGGGUCUGACUGGCAACGAAUUUCAGCGUGCGUGUAACGUGACGCAUCACUUACAGCACCGGUUGCUGGAAUUUCUUCAUUCGGAUCUCGGUUUGUGUAACCAUCCUUCAACAGAGCAUCAUGCUGAUGAUCAUGCAAACUACCAGGGCGUGUUAUGUGCCUGCAGCGGCGCAACACAUAGCUUUGGCGGACUGGUGGCAACUCGAUUCUUUCUUGGGUUUGUUGAAGCAGCCUUUUAUCCAGGCUGCCUCGCAACUCUCAGCUCAUGGUACAUUCGUAAAGAACUUGGCGUCCGUACCGGACUAUUCUACAGCGGCUCCAUGCUUUCGGGGGCUUUCUCGGGUCUAAUCGCAGCCGGCAUCACGAACGGCAUGGACGGCGCCCGCGGCCUGCUAGCCUGGCGUUGGCUCUUCAUCAUCGAGGGAUCGCUUACCGUCGCUAUUGCCCUCGGCGCGUUCUUCGUGCUGCCAGACUUCCCAGCCAAUACCAAGUGGCUGACAGACCAAGAACGACAGCUGGCCAUGUGGCGCAUGGAAGUCGACGCCGCGGGCGAGGAGGAUUGGACGAGCUCAUCAUCGCAGCCCAUCUUUGACGGCUUCAAGAUGAUCAUGGUUGAUCCAAUCAACUGGAUUCUUGUCGUACUUGUCUACGGCGCCGCGUCCUCGAUUUCGAUUAAUAGCUUCUUCCCCACCGUCGUUGCGAGUCUCGGAAAGGAUCGCAUCACAACGCUGCUUCUUACUUCGCCGCCUUACCUCCUGGCAUGCAUCGUUUGCGCGGCAGUAUCUUGGAACGCCGACCGUAUGAACGAGAGGUACUGGCACACCGUCGCCCCGCUGGCUUGCUCGCUCGUCGGAUUCAUCAUCUCCAGCGCCGCGACAGGCAUUGGGCCCCGAUACUUUGGCGCCAUGAUCAUGCUUCCUGGGAUCUAUACUGGCUUUAAUAUGUCCAUGGUCUGGACUGCUAACACGAUCUAUCGACCUACGGCGAAGCGCGCCGCUGCGGUGGCGUUUAACAACGCGUUUUCUACGCUCUCAGGCAUCUACGGAUCUUACUUGUACCCCAACAACGCGACACCAAGGUUCGUCUUAGCUUUCAGUGUGAAUGCUGCGAUGGCAUUGAUGGCGAUUGUUGCUGCCACUGUGUUGCACUUUGUUCUGAAGAGAGAGAACAAGAAGUUGGAGAUGAGGGAGCAAGAAGCUGAGGCUGCUGGGCAGGCGCAACUCAUUGGAAAGGGUUUCAGAUAUCUUAUUUGA